AUUUACCGGAAAAAAAAAAUGUAUGGUGAAAGAGCGUGAAACGUAAAACGAAUCAGGCGCAACCUGUUCAAAAUAUCCAUUGAUCUGAAAGCACAUUAGAUGUUCACAAAGCGAUCAUCUAUAUUUAAAACAAAAAACAAUUAAUGACCAGAAAGAAGAUCCUUGAUAAUUUACCAUUUGAGAUCAAUCCUUUGGGCAUUGGGAAGUGCUGCGUUAUCCUUGCAGAUUUAGAGUUUUAAUUUUAUUUAAGUAUCUACUCAAACUAUUACUCUAAUCUUGGAUUUAAAGGAUUUCUUACUUCUUCAUUUGGGAAAAGAUUUUGCUGUUUUUGCUUCAGAUUCAGGCUUUUGUCUCAUCGCUGUGUUUAAUUGUUGGCAGGAAUCAAAUUCAGACCAUUUGCAACUUCAUUUCUUCAUAGACAAUAUGGCCUCUAGUUUUCUGUGUUAAAUUGUUAGGCAACCACGUAGUAUAUAAGAUGCAUGGACAAAAUUUGGGAAGUAAUCUCAUGUAAUCUUUGUUGAUUGAGGGUUUUUUAUUUUGUUCAGGAGCUAUGGAAACUUUGAAUCCUGUUUGCAUAGCUACUGAACAAUUACACAAUAUUUGAAUUUUGAAAGUUUUCUGCUUCCAACUCAUCUUUUUGUCUAAUUUAUAUGUUACAUUGUAGGUUGAAAUGAAAGAAAGACUAUUUAUUAAAUGACUUGCUACUAUUGAGUGAUAUUGCUUCUAUUAUAUUCACCCAAGAUUUGCACUUCGCCUUAUCCAUUGGGAUAUGUCACUCCUAAAAUAAGAUAUGAUGAUUUGCUCAUUUUAACAUUCAAAAUUUGUAACUUUAAGUAUGUAACAUGCUUUCUGAGGAUUUAAACAACUGUCUCCAUUAUAAUAAAACCCUGACGAUUUGCCACUUGAGUUCACCCCAUUUGAAUUUGACAUGGCAAAAAUUUUGUGUUAUCCUUGCAGAUUUAGUGUUCUAAUUUUAUGAACCAUAUCCGCGAACAGUUAUUCGAAUUUAAACAAUUCUUUGUUUUGUCAUUUGAAAAAAUUUGCUGUUUUAUGCAUCAGAUUGUCAAUCUCUAUAUUCAAUUGUUGGUGGAAAUCAAAUUCAGACCAUUUAAAACUGAUAUUGGAAAUUAUUUCCAUUUCUUAAUAUACAGUAUGGCCUCUACUUCUCUGUACCUAAAUCGUUAGGAAACCACAUAGUAUAUAAGGUGCAUCGGCAAAUUUUUGGGAGUAAUGUUAUCUUUAUGGAUUUAGGGUUUUUAUUUUGUUCAGGAGCUAUGCAAACUUUAAAUCUUGUUUCCAUAGCUACUGAACAAUUACACAAUAUUUGAAUUUUAAGAACUUUUGGGUUCAACAUUAUGAAAGUUUAUUUUGCUUCAUUUUGUUUUGGGUCUAAUUUAGAUGUUAAAUUGUUGGUCGAAAUCAAAAUCAGAAUAUUAAUUAAAGGACUUUUGUUUUCCUCUGCACGGGGAUUAUAAUUAAUAGUUCACUUUUUGGUGUUAAAAUGUUCCACAAUCAUGUGAUAUGCAAGAAAUAUGGUUCAAUAAUUGGAUAAAAUGUCAUACUUUUUUUAUUUGAUAGGUAGUAAAAAUGACGUGAUAUGCUUGUGCAUUUUGGUCUUAAAUUUGAUUCUCCAAUUACACGAUUAUGAAUCUGAUUGCUUUUAAGAAUUUUUUGAAAUUAACUUUUUCAUAUAGAUUUAGUUUUUUUUUUCCAAAUUCUGCCCUGUAUUAUUCAAAAGUGAUGACAUUUUGUAUGAUUACAGUGUAUGUAAAGGAAUAUGCUUUCCAUUCCUUAUCAACUCCACCAGACCUUGUUGGAAUUACUGUUCAAACAUCAUUAGUUGACAGCUGGAACUUAAGGGUUUGAGCUUGGCAUAGUUAUUAUAUAAUUGGUGACCAAAUUUGAAGUCCUGGGCUGUCUGGAUAGAGAUCAACAAUGACCAACAAACUAGUCACCAUUCAGCCUGGAGAGCUCAAAUUUUCCUUUGAAUCGAUGAAGAAGAGUUCGUGCUACCUUCAAUUGGUCAAUAAUACAGACAAUUAUGUGGCGUUUAAGGUGGAUGUGCUACUACAAUGGAAUGUUACGAUUAAUGAGGUUAAAUCUACAUCUUCGAAGAAUUAUGCUGUACGACCUAAUACAGAUGUUAUGGCACCUAAGGCCACAUGCAAUGUGACAGUAACCAUGCAAGCUCAGAAGGAAGCAACGCUUGAUAUGCAAUGCAAUGACAAAUUCCUUGUGCAGAGUGUCAUAGCACCUUCUGGGGUGACUGCUAAAGAUAUCACUUCUGAUAUGUUCAACAAAAAGCCUGGUAGGGUUAUUGAGGAGAACAAACUGAGUGUGCUGUAUCUAUAUCCACCUCAGCUCCCUUCCACUAUCCCUGAAUCAUCAGAGAAGGGACAAGCACAAAAGGAAGUCACAGGCUACAUGACUUCUGAUGUCUUCUCAUUUAAUCUUGAAGUUAGAAUUGAUGAUUCGGACCAGGAUGAAACUGCCAGUGAUGCGGUUAUUGCUGAAUGUGAAGCUAUUGCUCAUGGAUUGCAGGAAGUUAGAAUUGAUGAUUCGGACCAGGAUGAAACUGCCAGUGAUGCGGUUAUUGCUGAAUGUGAAGCUAUUGCUCAUGGAUUGCAGAUUAUAAAGAAUGUUGACCUCGAAGAACUGCAAGAACUUGGUUGUGGUACUUUCGGGACAGUGUACCAUGGAAAAUGGAGGGGAACAGAUGUUGCAAUUAAGCGAAUAAAAAAUAGCUGUAUUAUGGGAGGGCCAUCAGAGCAAGAUCAUAUGAAAGCUGAUUUUUGGCGGGAAGCUUGUAUCCUUGCACGAACACAUCAUCCAAAUGUUGUUGCCUUCUAUGGUGUUGUCCCAGAUGGCCCUGGGGGAACUCUAGCAACUGUGACAGAAUACAUGGUAGAUGGCUCAGUUACACAAAUGGUUCAAAGGAAAGCUAAGUCAAUUGAUCGUAGAAAGAGGUUGUUAAUUGCCAUGGAUGCUGCUUUUGGAAUGGAAUAUUUACAUAGCAAGAAUAUUGUGCACUUUGACUUGAAAUGUGAUAAUUUGUUGGUGAACACGAGAGACCCUCAACGUCCUAUAUGUAAGGUUGGGGAUUUAGGCCUGUCAAAAAUUAAACAUCAAACUUUUGUUUCUGGUGGUAUGCGUGGAACCCUCCCAUGGAUGGCACCAGAGUUAUUAAAUGGCAGCAGCAUCAUGGUUUCUGAGAAGGUUGAUGCGUUUUCAUUUGGAAUAGUAAUGUGGGAGCUCCUCACAGGCAAGGAACCAUAUGCCGAUUUGCAUGAUGGAGCACUCAUUGGGGGUGUAGUGAGGAAUACGUUGCGUCCACAUGUACCAGACCAGUGUGAUCCUGCUUGGAGAUCAUUAAUGGAGCAGUGCUGGUCAACUGACCCUAAUGGAAGACCUUCGUUUAAAGACAUAGCCAACCAAUUACGUGCAAUGGCCAUGUCAUUUCGUUCCAAGGUUCAUGGUCACCCUCCCCACGUUCAUCAUGGUUAGAAACUGAGAGCUAAGCAAAGAGAAGACUUCAGCACCUUGUUUAAGGCUGGAUUUGGUACUAAUCUUUACAUGAUGUUGACAAUGCUUUCAUAUUGUUUAUAAUUUAUUAUCUACAAGGGUCUUGAAAUUCCACAAAAUAUUAUGAACAGUCCCUUCACAUUUUCUUGUAUGUCAGCUGUGAAAAACCCUGCAAGUGGAUUUCGAUAACAACAAUUUGAUAGUAAUUUAUGUCUAAUAUGUGUUUGAUUAGGAUAUAAGUGUCCUGUUGUAUAUUAUAUGUAAAAAUGGCAUUUUAUGAUGUUUGCAUCCAAGAUUAGGGUUUUGUUUUGGGAAAACAUUGUAUCAAAUCAAUGUAAAAUGUGGUUGUUU